UCCUCAUACUCCUCGUCGUCGAGGUUCCACCUUGGAAAGAGAUGGAUGGAGUACCAAGGUUCCAGUGACUGGGACGGUUUGCUGGAUCCGUUGGAUGAUCAUCUACGAGCCGAGAUUCUCAGGUACGGCACUUUCGUCGAGGCUGCAUAUAAAUCCUUCGAAUUCGAUCCUUCUUCACCUUCCUACGCAGCAUGUCGCUUCCCCAAGAGCAAAUUCUCCGACCGGUGCUGUUUGCCGAGCACCACCGGGUACAAAGUAACCAUGAACCUACGAGCAACCUCAGGGAUUGAGCUACCUCGUUGGGUCGAAAGGGCGCCAUGCUGGUUCUCGAACAAGUCCAGCAACAUCGGCUACGUAGCUGUCUGUGACAACAAAGAAGAGAUCAGACGACUUGGCCGUCGAGAUGUCGUGAUUGCAUACCGAGGAACAAUCACGUGCUUGGAAUGGCUUGAAAAUUUACGUGCCAAUCUCACCCAUAUUCCUCUGGAAGGCUCUGAAUCAGAGCCGGAGGAUCAUGGACCUAUGGUGCAAAGUGGGUUCCUGAGUCUGUACACAUCAGCUGCUUGUAAUUCUUUGAGCCUUCAACAAAUGGUCCGUGAAGAGAUUCAUCGGAUUCUCCAAACCUACGAUGGCGAACCCUUAAGCUUGACCCUCACCGGCCACAGUCUAGGGGCGGCGCUGGCGACACUCACAGCGUACGACAUCAAAACCUCCUUGUGGUUCGAGCACCGGAAGCCGAUGGUCACCGUGAUAUCGUUCGGCGGGCCUCGUGUUGGAGACUGGACGUUCCGGCAGGAGCUAGAGAAUCAAGGGACGAAGGUUUUACGUAUAGUGAAUUCCGACGAUGUGGUUACUAAAGUGCCAGGGUUCGUCUUUGAACGUGAUGAUGACGUGGCAGAUGGUAGGAGUGCACACGUGGCAAGGUGGGUCAAAAAGAGAUUGGAGGAUGCGCAGUGGACUUACGCGGAGGUGGGGAAGGAGCUUCGGUUGCGUAGCACGGAUUCUCCGUACCUCAGUGGGUUGAAUGCUGCCACGUGUCACAAUCUGAACACGUAUCUCCACCUAGUCGAUGGCUUUGUUGGUUCUACGUGUCCUUUCAGAGCCACCGCUGAGAGGUUCAUCCGUGGGUGA